CUCAAGUGCACGACAGAUGAAUGUCGGACCUAUGAAUCACCAGAACACUAAUGUUGGUGCUCCUCCAGUUUCCAGUGCUGGUGCGUCUCCUGGAGGUGGUAUCUCUAUUCCUGUCAUACAAACUAGAACUACAGGAAUUAUAAUGGGCUCGUCUCCAGGCACAAGGAGUCCUAUGUUGUUGAAUAGUGCUCGAGCAACGGCAGCGCAAGCAAUGAGCAUUAUGAGAAGUCCGCGACCACCACCAGCUGUGGUGGAGAAUGGUGAAGGUGGAGGUGGUGCUCCUGUCCCUGUUGUUGCUAGUGGUCUAACACAGAGGACCAGGAGAUCGCCAAGCCCAAAACAAAAGUACACUUCUGUAGUAGAACAAAAUCAAAAACCAAGUAUUCCAGCAUCUAGUGGUGCCACGACAUCGUCAGGUAUUGAUCCUAAACUACGCAAUAGCUGCACUAGCAUCAAAACAGGGAGUAGAGUUCUUCCUCCUGCUGCGCCUGUUCCUGUCGCGCCACACAAGUAUUUGCAGCUUGGAACUCAUGAUCCUUCAUCAAACAAGAACAGCUACGCGGUGAAUUUUCCCCGUGGCACUGCGAAUAAGAGUCCAGCGCCAAGCAUCAGGAAAGGGGCGAAUAAGAAGGGCAAGGGAAGCGCACGCACCUUGAGCCCGACUGCAAGGAACGCAAUUCCUCGUAGGGGUGAAGUUGAGACUCUCGACAAGGAAGGCCUGGAAGGUGCGGACAUCAAACGUCCUCUCCCAUCUACCACAAGCACAAAUAGAGCAGGAAAGGGCACAACUUCUUCUGUAAACAAUACACUGGCGACUAGAAAUAAGAAGGCACCGCGUGGUGUUCUUGGUGGCCCGACUAGGAGCAGUGCUGGAAAUGGGAUCAUAUCCCCCAAUAACACGCUAGCGGUCGCGGUCCAACAACACGAAGGUCCCCAUGAGCCACCACCUAUGGUUUCAUCUAAAACGACCAUGCCACCAGGUGCAUCAUACAAGAGUCCCUACGCUUUCAGCGGCAACAAUGCAGCUAGCAUGAGCACCCAGCCUUCAGCUGGAAUAGCAACCAUGCCUGCUCCGUUUUCAUCGACAUCAGCAUCAUCGUCAUCCGCAACUAACAUUAAGGGUUACCCUUACCACAUGGCAUUCUUCACCACCAUCCUUGGCCUUUUUUCCAGUAGGAAAAGGGUCAGGGAUGAUCUGAAGAAUGCAAUGUCGCAACCUCUAAUAACAAUCCAACAAGUCAAUUUCAGACAGCAACUAGUACAACAUCAUUCGCAGAUACGAAAGGGAUUAUCCUCGAGACGUUAACGAAAUCGGGUGACAGCGUGAAUCGGGCACAGCUGUCGGAGAUUCUAGAGAAAGCUGUUGUGAUUGUUGAAGCUCAGAAGCCACGCGGUAGUAGUUGCACCGAUCUGGUUGAUACGCUGACAAAACGCGUUUUGAAUUACGGCAUACUUACGGUUGUAUAAUCAGUAGCUAUGUAACUAGGUUAGUAGUAGUGCGUAAUCUCUUCGGGCACUGCUAGUGCUAACAGUGUCAUCAGGGAUCCACACAUACAUCAGGUGUGAUUCCCGUGUAUUAGAACCUCUACCUCCACGCACGACAGAGACAGAGUGCAGCAGAACUACUAGAGUUGAGAGCUUCGCUUGUUCUAAUACCCACCGGAUUUCCUUGUCGAGCCUACACUGUGCCGGAAAGCUAUGCGGAUUUUUGUGCAUUGUGUCUACCACGUGAAGUCGGAGCUUUUGCGAGCGGCAGUGUUUGAGUCGGUCAUCGCCUUGGUCGAAGGUGCGGCCGAUCGAGGUGACCCGCUUAUUGACCACCAAGCAAUGCUGGUAUUCGCGAACGGCCUGAAAGCUGGAAAAAUACGCAUUGGACUCUUCUCGAGGGCGGUAAAACAAAUUAUCUGCUUUGUAUUAAUCGUCUACGUAUAGUCCCGUAUCGGGGCUUUGGCUCUAGCAACACAGUUCAGAGAAAGAGAAACAAAGACCCUCUGCGCCACAGGCGUGCGUCGUUGAUGAUCUUCCGGGUCCAUCUCAUGCACGGCAGGCGGCUGCUGAAACGAUGCGGGCAGGAAUUUCCAAGAGGGCCGGCAUUCUGGCGGAGGGCGGGCCUGUGUGCUCAGCGUGGCAUCUUCGGGCGCGAGCGGCAACUCGUACUACGCCUACGGCCGCAGCCUCUGGUGCGAACAGGCCUGCGGCUGCUCUUGCUGCAGCUGUGACCUGGCAGGCUUGGCGGCGAACUGCCGUCACGGGGUUGCGCCCCACGGUGGGCGGCGCGCUUGUAUCGUGCUGCAAUUCGCCCGCAGAUGAACAGGCGCGACCCCAGUGCGCCGGCUUCUUGCCACCGGCAAAAAGCCAGCAGGGGUGCCUGGGCAGUGCAGACCCCAGGCGGCUGGGCGUUGGGCGUGAGAACUGCACGGCAGCCUUUUCGGGGUGCCUUUGUCAGUUUGCUCAAGGGCUUAGCUGUGGUAGUCUGGGCGCUUAUAUGGAACAGGAAAAGGCAACGCUCCAGCGGCUGAUCGCCCACCUUCUGGAAAGUGGCGACUCUGUCUUGGCGCGCUCUAAGUACUCACUAGCAGCCGCAAGCGACCCAGGCCGGCCGCCUGAGCGUGUAGGCGUCUGAACUCCGUGGUGCUUGGUAAGGGGAAAGGCGAGCCUGUAUCGCUUUACUUCGGACCGCUUUGCAAUGGCUGGGCGGAUCAUGGCGCGAGGGUGAUGAUCUUGGUGGGCUUGGAGCUUGGGCACCUUCAGGCUUGCCGGAUUUGGCGGAAGGGCUCGAAAUGUCUAUGGACAUUACUAGAGGGGCCACCGGGCAGGCCGGACGGCUCGCAGAGAUGGACAGCGUUCGCGCCGCUUCUCUAGGGGUGGCGGCAUGGCAGUCUCGAGCGCUCGACCCGCCAGGCCGGGGCGCCUGCGUUAUUUAAUCCUCUGCGCGUCAAUUCUGCGGCUGGCGAUACCGGCGGCAGCCGCCCGAGCUUGGUGGUCUUCGUUCACCUUGUCGGGGGUGACCUUGGGCCAUUGGUCUAAGGAAGGCGCUAGGGGUAGGGAUUGGCCACGACACUAACGGGCUGGAGAGUGGGCUUGCGCGUGAAUGCGGACGGAGGGACGUAAGAGCAGAAGGGCGUGGCCUCCCUAGUUCGUUGUCUGCGCUUUUCUUCUCUUCGUUUAUUUUUCUGCGCUUUGCUCUCGUGCUUAUUUCUCGGCCCGUUGGCGCGUGACGCGGGCUGCGCAUACGGUGGGGCGAGGGGUGCUUGGUCGGCCGCCUUUGGCCCCCUCGUGUCUCUGUGUUUUUUCUCUGUUUUUUCAUCUGCGUGAUGGCUCCGCUUUUUCUGAUCUUCUCCCCUCUCCUUUGAUCCUCUGUCAGUAUCAUGAUGCAUGGACCCGCACACAGGGAUCUUAGUCGUGAUGAGUAGGCGUAGAUGAUCAGCCUGAGUUUCUGCUUCGAGGCUUAUUCUUUUCUACGCAUGGGGUAAGGUGGACGUGGCGUUCUUUAUCUUAUCAUCAUAUUGAGGUCUACUUGCUGGAGGAGCAACAAGAACAGCGGCGUGCUUUAUGAUGACUUUGGGCAGAGAGAGCUGCCAAUGUCAGUCCUCAACGAAUUAUAUCUCCCACACACAGGUCCGACUCGCAUUACAGACAGUGGGUCCGUGUCGUGAAAUUUGUUUUUUUCUGACGGAAGCUGCGACACGAUAUGGGCAAGAGUAUGGGCAAAUCAUCCUGCGAUUGGGCUGUCACCGCAUUCUACAGCAAGUGCCAGAUGAAUUCAUGAAUGAGAAGAAGCUCGCACUGAACGCGAUCACCACAGCUAUUGAGGCCAAGCAAGUCUUGCCUAAGGACCAAGUGAGAUUUUGGACGGGGACGCAGUCACCAGGAACUGUAGAGUAGAAGACAGAGUGGCUCAACAUCUUCUGUUGGGGCGAGUCUUUUUUAAGGACCGAUCAUGGUUGCUUGGAUUGCACAGACCACGAGAUGGCCGUAACAACUGCGAGCCUUGUCGCCAUGCCCUUAAAGAUGUUGGAGAUGCCUUGUCAUUUUUUUAGAAUUCAGAAACUUGAAGGUAUGCUGCACCACUGUGAAGAAAAACUAAAACCGAUACCGAACAAUUUAAACUAAUAGAUAAGAAUAAGUAGCUUUCCUAAGCCUAACGAUAGAGCGAUCAUGAUGAUCAACACCUUUUACUCAAACACUAUACCAUGAUGCUUCUUCCCAAAAAACAUCCUAAACACAUAUAUCAUUACAUUUCUGCCGAGGUUAACUGAGACUGUACUACUUACUACUGAUUUUUUCUUGUCGCCGACAAAGGAAAAUAAUCGAAGCAGAAGCAGAACUAUUGAAAACGAACAAGAGAAAACGUCGCUUUCAUCUGUGCUUACCUCUAUGAC